GCGGAGAAAGCCAGCCGCGAAUAAAGAUCGCAGAACGGAAGCGACGAAAACCGCCGCUUAAUCGGGGCUAAAAAAACAAGUGUAGCACACAAAUUCAAAUGUUUGCUGUGCAGUGAGUGUGUGCAAUUGUGUGCGAGCGUCACCCAAAUAAACAGCGAAAAUUCAAUUUGCUGAAGAGAGAAAGAGAGGCUGGGCUGUUGUUGUUGCCGCUGCAUGUGGCAUGCCCAAAAAUCAGCUGGCCCCGUCUGGCCUCUCGCUUGCUCUCGCACGCGGAGCGUGUAGACCAGUGUAAAAGGCGACGUAGCUUUUCCUUUUUAGCGUACAUUCUGUACGUUCUGGACACUCGGCCUAUCUCUCUUUUUCCAGGGCCACACUGUGCUACAAAUGUGAAAACUCGUUUCGUUUUACAUCGCCCGCUGAUUCGGUUUUUUCUGCUGUCGCGUCACGCCUCGUCUUUUGUUGCAGUUGUUGCUGCUGCUUUUGCUUAAUGCCCCUUUCAUUCAUAGAAAACGGUCAGCGGAAAAACAACAAAAGCAACAGCAGCGCGAUUUCUUUUAUUUUCGCCCAAACGAGCGGCCGAAGAGCCAACAUAAAAAUCAACAAAUUCAAAACACAAAGCCAAAUCAAAAGAAAUCAAAUUUCAAAUUCGUGCGGCCACCGCAUUAACAACAACAACCACAGUAAAUAUCGAAAGAAAGAGAAUUAUCAAAAUCAUCAUUAGCAGCAGCAGCACAAAAUUUGAAAAUUGCCUUGCUGUGUGUGUGAUAUAUUUCCCCACAAGGACACCACGCUUCUAACUAACCUCAGGUUACUCCAAACACAAGCGAAGUUUUUUUCGGAAAUAGCAAAAUAAAAAAGCUACAACAUGCGCUUUGAGCCGCUGGGCCAGAAGAUGUUCACCCGCCGUAAUUGGCUGCUGCGCUGCAGUAUCCUGAUCAACGUGGCGGUGAUCUUGUACAUCGGCAGCCAGCUGAUGAUCGGCGGAGGUAACAGCUUCACGAACGGAGGCAGCUUCCUGCUGCAGGACCAGCAGCCCGUGUCGAUCCUGCAGGUGAACUCGGCCUCCUCGGCGGCCCAGGUGCAGCAGCAGCCUCCCACACCCAAGAACCAGAAUCAGAACCCAAACCAGAACCAGAAUCAAAAUCAGAAUCAGGCGGCGGAGAUCUUCGAGUCCGAGGAGAAGCUGCUGGUCAACUCCAACGCGGACUCCCCAGCAGCAGGUGCGGCGGUUCAGGCUGCGGAUAGUGCGGCGGGUGCUCCGCAGGCGGCGAGUGACGGCGAUCCCUCGCAGGUGAUCGGGAACAUUGGGCAGGCAGGGUCCGGAGGAAACGCCGAGGCGAACAACACCCAACCAGACGGCGGCUACAUCGUCACCGGGGACGAGAAGGAGCUGGAGGAGCGGGUACGCUCGCUGAUCAAUUGCCUGGACCACGACUACCACCAACAAACGCUGCAGCGGGGCGACUUUUGGGUGCUGCAGAACUACGUGCGCGCGGAGCACGGGGAGAUCAAGUGCCACGAGUCGAUCACGUACACGACACACGCAGACUACACCUUCCUGGACAACCUGGUGCCACUGCUGGAGCGCUGGAACGCGCCCGUGAGCAUAGCCAUGCACGCCCCCGGCACGGACUUCCAGCCCACGCUCGACUCGAUCCGCUACCUGCGCGACUGCCUGCCCGGCAGCCACCUGGUGCGCGCCUACACCACCUUCCACGUCUACUUCGGCACCAAGCACAUCCCCAAGGCGGUGCCCAAGCCGCACGAGGUCCUCAAGACGGGCUACAACUGCACGCUACCGCCGCCCUACUUCAACGUCAGCUCGGGCCACCUGUACAAGGCGCAGAAGAAGCUCCUCUACCCUGUCAACGUGGGCCGCAACAUCGCCCGCGACUCGGCUCUCACCCACUUCAUCCUGGCCUCCGACAUCGAGCUGUAUCCUAAUCCGGGCUUGGUCAAGAAGUUCCUUGAGAUGAUUGCCCGCAACGAGCAGUACCUGCGACGCAAGGCGCCAAGGGUAUUCCCACUGGCCAUCUUCGAGGUGGAGGAGAACUCCCCGGUCCCGCACGACAAGACGGAGCUACAGGAGUUCUUGCGCACAGGCAAAGCUAUUCCCUUCCACAAGCGGGUGUGCGCCAGCUGCCACGGAGUGCCCAAGUCCAAGGAGUGGAUGUCGGCCAACGAGACGGACGAGCUCAGUGUGUUCCACAUAGGAAAGCGAACUGGUUACUACGUGCACUGGGAGCCAAUCUACAUUGGAACCCACGCGGAUCCCCAUUACGAUGAGCGGCUAAGCUGGGAGGGAAAGAGCGACAAGAUGCCCCAGGGUUAUGCGCUGUGCGUGCUGGACUACGAGUUCCACAUCCUGGACAACGCGUUCCUGGUGCACAAGCCGGGCAUCAAAGUGCUGAAGAAGGACAACCGGAGGGCCAUGCUGUCUGGGAAGACGAACCAGCUGAUACGGAAGAUCAUCUACCCAGAACUGAAGAUCAUGUACGGCAUGCGCAAGGGAUGCGCGAUAUAGUAACUAGUUCUGAAACCGAGCUGAGCUCAGUCCCGACUGAAGGGGAAGGAGGCGAAGGCGAAAAGACUACAACCCACUUCACUACUGCUAUUUGCAAUUCUAUAGAUCGCUAGCGAUUCAAAUUCGUCGGCAGCGUUGGAUCCGCACUGCAAGUGUGUGUUUCCUAGCUGGAGACUUAGCCCUAGGACUAAUAGGUAUUACGUAGUUAGCUUUAGCUUAGGUCAGUCGUGUAACGUCAUUGGGUUUUUCCUAUGUUGGGUUAUCUAAUUCUACUCCUCAGAGCCUUGAAAGCGUGGCUUUAACGUAGUUUCUGAUUAGCUUUUGGUUCCUCGCUGCAUUUCAUUCUCCAGCAGACUUCUAAGCUGAAAGUAUCCUUUUGUAAAAGUAAGGCAUCGGCGCCCAGAGCUAAUGUAUACUUCCACGAACCUUAUGUAAAUAGCAACACACUUGGGCCACUUAUCGGACCUUCCUCUCUCUCUCUGGAACACAAACUAGAGACUUGAGAUCUAGGGGUUUUUACUCAUAGGCAGUCAUUAUCCGUUAAUUUGAACAUAGGCCGUUAACUUAAGUUUAUCGUUAUUUAGCUGAAUUUUUCACACGGAUCCAUUUACGAGUUAGAGCUAGUUUUCUGUUUAUGGAUUUUCCUCUUUCAAUACUCAACAGAUAAAGUGAAAGCAACAUUAUUUUUGAAUACAAGGGCCAGAUCCUAACCGACAUCAGAAAGAACAGCAGUCUUACCAUUUUGUGUCUCUGUAUUUGCGUAAUAAGGGUAUAGGCUUAAAAGUGUUUUCUUGGCAAUGUAGACUUACUGCAAGACCAAAUCGUAGAUUAGACCGUUAACGGGCCAAACAAUUCCAACGUUAAUUAUUUGACUUGAAUAGCAGAGUAGGAAUCAUUGAAUUGGACGUAUUAAUAGACUUCGAGAGGUAAAUCGUAAUAGUAUAAUGAUAAAGUUAAAAGGCUAAAGACAAGUUUCAACAAAACACAAUUACUAUUAAAAUUUAUACAGAAACACACACAUUGAGAAUUGAUUUGUUGACUUACCGCACUGAAAGGUAGGCAGGCAAUUAUUGCAAUUGAAACCACAUUUCAAUAGGCAUAAAUGCGAACCGUGAUAUUUGUACUAGUAAAGCGAUAUGGAGAUGUUAAAACUAAUUGAUAAGAAACGAGAGGGAGAUCACAAACAGAGAUCACAAGCCCCCGCAUUAAACUUAACCUAACUUUAGUUUUGUAUAUGUUUUUUAUUAGUGUUGAACAUUAAGUCAAACUUGUGCACAUAUAAAUGUUAAAAACAAUAUUGUGAACUCGAAUCCGCGAUUCGAUUCCAAGAGAAAUGCUGAAGGUUUUUGUUGCGUAGGCCUUAUCGAAAUAAAUAUAAAUAAUAGAACUAAGCUGUCGAUUUUAGAGAGUUUAGAGUAUAUUAGAUCUUACUGAAAUACAGAAAGUUUUACGUAUGUUGUUGGAAAUUUAAUAAAAGUACGUUUUGAGAGUGACUUGGGAACAACAUACACAAUUGAUGUUUGUAUUUAUUUGACUUUAGUACUUAAGCAACGAUUUAGCUGAUACCGAUUAGCAGAUCCAGUCUUAAAUUUAUUCGCUCAAACAGAUUGGUUCCAUUAUAUAUUUUCCAUUAAUAAGACUAAAAUAUCAGUAAACCUAAUGAAAGUUGUUAAAAGUAGCUUAGAGCAGAAAAAAUACAAUUUGAAUUAAAGAAUAUAUUUGUAUGAUGUAAUGUAAAGUGUAAAAGUGCCUUAGACAAAUCGAAGAAUAUGAAAUAUUUAUAAAAACCAUUAUCAAUGCAGCUGAGUACUUCCUGAGUUUACUUUAAUUUUCCCAUCGUUUUGUGUUCAGAACGGCGAAAAAACGCAUACAGCACAUUUGUGUAUUUAUACAAAUAAAAACUUUGGCAAACUAUGGCCGUCAUAUGUAAAACGCUAAA